ACAGGAUCCCGGUUUGGGUGUGAAACAAACAUCGUUUUUCUUUUUUUUUUUUGAGGAAAAAAAGUUAAAGAAAAAGAAACGGAGAACCAAAGUUCUGGACCAUUAUGUGUGAUACGUCUUUUGGGACGAGAUGAUCGAUUUUUUUCAUUAAAACUCGAUGGACUUUAGCCACUUUAGCUACCAUAAAUUUUUGUAACUUUUUUUUUUUUUUAUUAUUAUUAUUUUUCGCUUUUUUUUAAACGAUGGACUUUUUAUCUAAAGUUUUAAACCUUUCUACUUUUGUCAGCGUCGUCCAGGUCCUUGGAGACCAGGCUGUACCGUCCAAGCAUCCAGGCCUGGAUGUUCUGGCCACAGCGUCACACUACUGGCCCCUGGACGACGUAGACGGGAUACACAGCCUGAGGGACCAGAUUGGGAAUAGAACAGCACUCAGAAUCCACAACCACACUGUCCUGCCUACCCAUAACUCUUCCUCUGUGUACACCAAUGACUCUGCCUACACUAAUAUUUCCGUCUCUGUAGACAUCGUAGAAGGAGUGGUGAACAAAGGCAUCUACCUGAACGGUGACCGCGGAGCCACUUUUCUCCAUUUCGGCAACUACAAGAACUCCUGUAUCAGUGACCCGACUCUGUGUGGACCACAAGGUAAAAGCGUGAUGUUUUCCGUGCCAGGGAUCACGUUCUCCUUCUUCUGGAAGAACCAGGAGUCACAUUCCAGGUUUGCUGUCAUGUCAGGAGGGAAAAUCAUCUCCAACGGCUUCUCUGUCUACACGAACCCCUUCGGAGGAUACGUGGAGUUCUACACCAGACGAAACUCACAACGCUGGAAAGCAAACAUCAACCUGCCAGGACCUUUUUGGACGCACAUCCUGUUCACGUGGACCCUUAAAGACGGCCUUAAAAUCUACAUAAACGGCACAUUCAGCGUUAGCGACACAAAAGGGGACACGUCGCAGGAUUACGGCGAUACCCACGCCGACUUGGUGAUCGGAACAGGAACCAGCCAGUCGUACGGACACUACGUCACCGCGUCCUUCGACGAGUUUGUCAUUUGGGAACGAGCCCUUUCAGCCAAAGAGAUCUGGCUGUACUAUAAAGCGGCCAUAGGUGAGGAUGUCGUUUAUCCACCAACUACCGAAUCUCCUUCUUCCGUUCACACCGCAACAGACGUCCGUCCGCAGGCAACAACAGCAUCGCCCCACCCCACUGCCUCUAACUUCACAGAGAUUCAUGACGCAGUGUCCAUGUCACUGCAAGGUUUCCUUCAGUCUUCCUUCAUUCUGCCCAAUAAAACUAUUUCUAAGGAUACAGCUCACAAUUUGACACAGUCAUUGCUGAAGAGUGUCGACGAGGUGAUAUCCUCCGGUACCUGGCGAGAAGAUGAGGAGCAAUCCACUCCUGUAAUCAGUGGACUCAUAGACACAGUGGACAAAGUCAUGGGGCACAUGGUGUCCAACCUUCAGGCUAAACCGAAUGCUCUUGUUGCUAUAGGUGGAAAGAGCUAUGUUGCAGAUUACUCUCUGAUGAAAAUCCCACAAAAUUAUAAUAUGCAGAACUACAGAUUCCCAACACAAGGCAAGAACUACAUCUCAGUGCCAGGAGAGGCCUUCGCUUCAGAAUCCCAGACUACAAUCGUGGGCCUUUUCUACCACAGCAUGCACAGCUAUUACAAACAGAUCAGCCCUAUGAGAACCAGGAUCAAUGAGGCGGUAGAAUUUAAGGAGCAUAAGAUCCAGGUGGCCAGCUAUCUGAUCUCCCUGAAGGUGGAGCCGUCUCCCGCCCUCUCGGUCAACCUGUCGUCAGAGCCGCUGAUCAGAAUCAUGCUAACACACCAGCUGAGCAAGGAGCAGCAACUUCAGGCCAUGAACGAAAGCAACAAAGUCUUCCUGUACUGCGCCUUUCUGGAUUACAGCUCUAAGGAAGGCGUAUGGUCCAACAACGGCUGUCUGAGAGCUGGAGGUAACCUUUCCUACUCUGUCUGCGUGUGCAACCACCUGACCAACUUUGCCAUCCUCAUGCAGGUGGUUCCUGUGGAGCUCAGCAAGAGUCAUCAGGUGGCGCUCUCCACCAUCACCUAUGUGGGCUGCUCCAUCUCCAUCUUCUGUCUGGCCAUCACCCUGGUCACCUUCGCUGUGCUGUCAUCCGUGAGCACCAUCCGAAACCAGCGCUAUCACAUCCACGCUAACUUGUCCUUCGCCAUCCUGGUGGCCCAGAUCCUUCUGCUCAUCAGCUUCCGCUUUGAACCCGGGACCUUGCCUUGUAAGGUCAUGGCAGUGCUGCUUCACUUCUUCUUCCUGUGCGCAUUCGCCUGGAUGCUGGUGGAGGGGCUUCAUCUCUACAGCAUGGUGAUCAAAGUGUUCGGCUCCGAGGGCAGCAAACACUUCUACUACUACGGGAUAGGCUGGGGGUCCCCAGUGGUCAUAUGCCUCGUGUCUAUUACGUCCUCGCUGAGCAGUUACGGAGAAGACGGAAACUGCUGGCUGUCUCUGAAGAACGGCGCUAUAUGGGCUUUCGUAGCUCCUGCUCUGUUCGUCAUUAUGGUGAACAUCGGUAUCCUUAUCGCUGUGACGAGGAUCAUCUCCAGAAUCAGUGCAGAGAACUACAAAGUACAAGGAGACGCUAACUCUGUUAAGCUAACUGCUAAAGCAGUAGCAGUCCUCUUGCCUAUCUUGGGCAUCUCAUGGAUCUUUGGCGUUUUGGCUGUGAACAAUCAGUCCUUCCUCUUCGAGUACAUGUUUGCAGUAUUCAACUCCCUUCAGGGCUUCUUCAUCUUCCUCUUCCACUGUCUGCUAAACUCAGAGGUCCGAGCUGCUUUCAAGCACAAGACCAAAGUGUGGUCUCUGACCAGCAGCUCCAUCCGCAACAUCAACGUGAAGCCUUUCAAUUCAGACAUUAUGAACGGUAACAGAGGGGGCGUGACCCCGACAAGGAUGAACACAUGGGACAAAAGCACCAACUCAGCUAAUCGCAUCGACCUGUCGGCGCUCUAAGGAUCGACGGACCAUGGCUACUGAACACAAAACGUAUACAAACGGACAGCGAACGCCGUACUCUCUCAGACGCGCCGGCUGAUCUGGCCGUCGUUCCUUUUCACGACGACUCCGCGGUCUAACGAGGUUCUUACGCGGCCGGGCGAAAAAAGCGGAUCGUUUCCCGCCGUCACCGGCUCUUACCCACCGACACCACUCACUUCAUGAAGACAAGCAAGUGUUCAGAGCCAUAAAAACAGAUGAAAACACAAGUCCUGUGUUGGAUAACUCUUCUCUGUUCCAUGUUCAACUGUUAAGUGUUCACCUCGUAACUCUGGUAGCUGCUGGAUUCCACUGCUGUCUGUGAAUCGACAUUAAACUGUGACACAAGAUGCGUCUCGCUCGAGACGAGUUUUUCCAUUUGCUGCCGCUACACCGAACCCCGCUGUUCCCGCUCGCGGCACUAGUCCGAAUAGAUGGAAUGAAAAUCGAGCCUGGGUUACGUACGAGCCGUGUGGUACUUUGCGUUCCAAAAAGGCACGCGAGUGCUUAACCACUCGACACUUCUCGGCUGCAGCUGAAGACGUUCCUGAAAGAGGAAUCAAAACGUAGCGUUCCAUCGUCGCGUGGCCUUUAGCUAACGGCUCCGUGUUUCCUCACACACAUAUCGUGCUGUGUGUUGUUCUCUUCUCACACAUACCAUUUGUAAACUGUAAAAUAUUUGUCUCGACGUCACUUUUAGAAAUAUCUACCGUUAGACCAGACGGUUUCGUGUAAAGAAACGUCCCCGAAUCAACCAAAGCGCUACUAAUUACUAAACUGUACAAUCUCUAACAGAUUGUCUAAACUCUUAAGAUGUUAGAACAAUUUCAGAACUGUUUCCAAAGCAGAAUAUUUCUACAUUUCAUCUACGCAAAAGAACAACAUCGGCUUCCGGGCCAAACGUAGCUUGUGUUUCUUAGACGAUAAAAUGUAGGUCAGGUUUUCUCGUUUCCUUUAAAAACUAUAAUAACGUACUCGUUGUCUUUGUACCGUAAAUAUCUAAGGUAUAAAAUAAUGUAUAAUGAUUGUGACCUUACACUUUUGUGUUCUCACUCCAGAAGAAAUUUAGCCUUUUUAUUUUAAUACAUAAUCUAAAUCCUACGUACCUGUGAAGCAGCUUGAAGCGCCGUUCUUCUAAAUCCUUGGUUUCUAUUGUAAAUGCUUCUGUAUUCUCAUCCUGCAAUGACUGAUCAGUGACCAUGGUCCGUGUGCACUAACGAUCUCUCCGCUAUCUUCGACCGAGAUUCAUUUCCAUUAUUUUUUCUAUUUCCUUCCCAAAGUAAUUUAAAAAAAAAAAAAAAAAGGCAAGUCUUGAGUAAAAUUGUUGGACUUUUUUUUUUUUGAUGAAUAUAUAACGCUGAUACCGAAGCGAUGUACAGUGCAUUAAGAUGAACAGCUUGUGUUGAAUUUCUGUUAAUAAUGUGAGACUCUGUAUCCUGUGAAGUGUCGUGUUCCUUACUGCCGGUCUGAACGUAAAGCAGUGUCACUUUCAGGUUCACGUGGCCUACUUCAUGACAAAGAAGGUGAGACUUAACUCUUUAUUUAUGCCGAUGUAAAAAUAAAAAACUACAUAUUCUGGUA